AUGUCUGAUACAAACGCGCAAGAAAAUAAGCAGAGAGGAUUAAAACAAGAUGAUUUUCGAAAGUUAUUACAGACUCCAAGGCCUGGAGACGCUUCGUCCAAGGGUGUUCUCGGUAUGGCAACUCCUAGACAGAGGAUGGCACCAGCAACACCAAGAGCUUUUGCUAAGCCCGAAACACCUGGAUCUAAACCAAAGAAAAGCAAUCGAUAUCGUAAACCUGAAGUUUCUGAUGUAGAUGCUAAUGACGCUAAAUAUCGUGAUCGUGCGGCCGAACGUCGCAAAGGUGCUAAUCCUGAUUAUCAAGAGACGGAACAAAUACUUAAAGCUCUUAAUAAUAGUGAAACUUUAGAAGCAAAAUUAAUUUAUGAACAAUCUAAAUACCUUGGUGGUGAUACAGAGCAUACUCAUUUAGUAAAAGGUUUAGAUUAUGCAUUACUCGCUAAAGUUCGUAAUGAAAUUACCAAAGAAGAAGUUAUUGAAAAAAUUGAUGAUACGGCAUUGGAAAGGAUUAAGGAGGAAAUGCAGGAGACUCCUAAAAUUAAUAGUCGGCUUGCUCAGAAUAUAUUUGAUAUUACUAUGUUAGAAUCUAAAAAAAAACCACCUAAAUUAAAUGAACUAUUUGUGGCUGGGAGGAUGGCUUAUAUAUUUGAACUUGCAGAUGAGGUCGGUGGAUAUAGUGAUCCUUUUGCUAUUCCUACAACUGUUAUUCGUAGUAAGGCUGAUAUAAGUGAUUCCACAGGGGUUGAUAAAUCUACCAAUGAUCUUGUCAUUGAAAAAAUAUCACGAGUGAUGGCUUAUAUGCGAAAAGGAGAACGAGCUAUUGGUGGUGAUACCAAAGAUAAAAAAUUGAAGAAAAGGCUUAGAGAGAAACAACCUGCUGAAGUUACAAUGGUAAAACUUGCUGCCAUUGAUGAUUCUGAAGAUAUAUUCGCUGAUGCUGGUAGAGAUUAUAAAGUUUUGAUCGAGAAUGAUAAUACGGUAGAUAAAAAAGAUGUUACACAAUUACCUGCGGAUUCUUCAAUUAACGCUAAUGCUGAAAAGUCAAAAGAUUAUUUUGGCUCAAAUCCGCAAGAGGUUGAAGGUGAAUCAAUGGAAAUUGACAAGCAACCUGAAAAUCAAACCUUGAAAACUUUAAUACAUCAAGCAGCAGCUGCAAAUGGUGUCAAAAGUAUAAAUGAGUCUUUAACAACUGAACUUGGUAAUGAUAAUUAUAAAUCUUCAAAGAAGGAUGAUAUUAAAAAACGGUUAUUUGGACAAGAUAGCUACGAGGGAGACUAUUCAACGUAUGGACUUGGUGUAAGUAGCUUGGCAGGUACACGAGAAAGUGCCUAUGAUUCUGGGCAUUCAGAUUCGGAUUCAGAUGGCACUGGCGUUGAACAUACUAUCCGGGAUCAAGGAGUUACUAAGAAUAAAAAAGCCCAAUUAUCACGAUGGGAUUUUGAUACCGAAGAAGAAUGGCAAGCUUAUAAGGAUAAUGUAACCGCCAUGCCAAAAUCAGCGUUUCAAUUUGGAGUUAAAACAGGUGAUGGCCGUAAAACUCGAAGAAGUGGAAGAGAGUUGACAGAAAAACAAAAAUUAGAUAGAGAUUGGCAAAAGAUCAGUAGAAUAAUGGAGCAAAAAUAUGGAAAUGAAGAAGGUGAAGAAGG